CGUUUUUUGCAACGUCAUGUACGACGCGCUGUCUGCGGUACUGUUUUGAUGCCCGCGCCAUAUUCAAGAUGGUGGCCCUCUGAGUCAACGCAUGACUGCACUGCUCUGUCUUUUCUUUCACCAAUGUUAAGAGGUCAGUCGCACCUUGAAACCUUGAGAGAAGCCAGAUCUAGCGCUCAAGCAAGCAGCACGGCCUUGCACCAAAAGUUGUCUCCAGGAUCAAGUGUCUUCAAGAUUGAGUUUUAAAGGAAAACUGAACAAUGUAAUGUGGAGGCCACAUGGAGUAUUUCUUCAGCUCCAUUGUGGUUUGAUAUGACACUUCUCGGCUAGUACUCGGUUAGAAGGAGAGAAGCGAAGGAAACUUCGCGCGUUCGUGACACCGCUGUCUCACUGCCAGGAGCCCAGAAUGAUGUCGCACCUCCUCAACAGGAGCUUCCGAACACACCGUCGCACGCACAGCACACCUGCGGGAGGCACGCUGACCUCGGUGUCCGACAGGAGUCCGAGGAAUACGCUGCCCGCGUCGAGGGGUGCGCUGACCGAUGUUCCCGAGCACGAGGUACUGCGCAGUGGCGGCAGGAGGCACGGAUCACUCGGCCUCGUGUCUACUGCGGCUACUCUGCCAGGUUCAGUUCAGGAGGCAAAGGUUUCCCUCGCGAAGUAUGCGACGCUGAAUGCUUCGGGAGGUGCUCUGCCAAAGAACCGUGACUGGCUCCGGUUACAACACACAAUCCGGCGUCUAUUCAAGGCCAAGGGCGUUCGCUUGGAACCCGGAGAGAUGGCCGUACUCCAUGAAAAAAUACGGACGCUGGGAAGCUCAAAGGCUGGGCCUUUCCUGUUCGACUCGUUCAAGCGGGAAAUCGAACUCUGCUUUACCACUCUUCUACAAAAGCUGCAAGCUGGGCCAAGAGAGAAACUGCUGCAAGUGCUGUCCUCUGAAUGGGAAAACUUGUUCCGACACGUCCUGCCCACCCUUGACAUGAUCUUGUACGUCGUCAAGGGAAAAGGGUCAACAACAGUGCGACAAGCCUUCCUUGUGGUAUUCCGAGACGCAGUCGUGACAAAGCUGGAUCUUGAAGAGCUCAUCGACAAGGAGACUCGCCACCUCGUCCCCGAUGGAAUCCGGCAUAUGCUUCUCAUUCUCUACAAUGUCAGCGACAGUUACCCGCCAACAAAGACAAAGCUGAAGCUUGAAGGACUUCUGGCUCGGCUCCUGGUUCCCUUCUUGGGAUUUCAAGGCCUCUACGAAGGCAAGCUAGAACCCGCUGUGAAAUCUGCUGAGGCUGAGGUCGCCGCACGGCGGAAGUCUGCCGAUGGUGUACCGCUGCCUAGGAAGCUGUCCCGACCGAUGAGCUCCCAGCCUCGUCAGAUUGAAACAUUGCAUGAACUUUUCCUCACAGCUCUCCGAAAGCAGCCAGACAUUUAGUCGGCAUAAAUCUCCUGCGUCUACAUUGUAUAUAGCGCAUCGUCAUUGCUGAAGACGUGAAACCUAAUAAACAGGUUCCAAGGUGUA